GUGUUGCUGUCAAUUUCACAGCAGUCCUUCUUCCGCUUUUCGACGCAUUUCAUCCUAAAAAUGGCACGUCUCUACAUUCUAGCGAUUCUCCUUUGCUGCAGUCAACUCGUCUUGACCACUAACGGCCAUCCUGCUGGCGAAGACGGCGAGUGGGUCGACGACAUUUCCAACAAUCCUGAAAUCAUGGGAAGGAUUGACCAAGAGGAUGACCCAUCUCGGUCUGUUGCUGCUCCGGUGGCCAAAAACGUGAACGAAGACGACGGCGAAUGGGUGGAUGAUGUAACAGGUAACAUGUUCAUCAUGGGGGAGGAUCCUCUAUCUCAAUCAACAGGACUGUCGGAUGAUAUGAAUUUUGAACGUAGAAAGCGAAGUGUACAGAAGAAAAUAUUGAAAGCCAUGAAAAAGGCGUCCAAGAAAGGCAAGAGGGCCACGAACGCAGAGCGUGAAAAAAGAAGCCUAAAGAGCAAAAUGGAAAAAACUUUUGCUUAA